AUGCAGAUUUAUGAGCUUCCAGUAGAGCUAUUCUCGCACAUUUUGUCGCAGUUCACGGUCGAGGAAGGUUGGCGCACUCUACCUCGUCUUGCGUUGACCUGUCAUGCGCUCUCAAAAUUGGUCAAGCCCUUCCUUUAUAAGAACCUUACAAUCCGAAUUGGCACACCAGCCAGCCAGACUCAGUGGUACCGCCUACUUCGAACGCUUCAGGAACAGCCAGUUUCGGGAACGUUUGUCCGCUCAGUCAGCAUGGGGACGAUCGGCGUAGAUGAUAUGUUGGACCUAGGAUUGGUGAAUCAUCUAGGAAGGGAGCAACAUGUAUUCAGCUUGUUUUCAGACAUACGUGAGAUGACGGCACGUUCAGAUACAUUUGCGUUGUUACCAAUGGUGCGGGCGAGCGCAUCUACUUCUCGAGCAUCGCUCACCAAGCUCUGUCUUUACGCCGACACCACGUCCAAUUUGCAAAUACUCGAUUUCAUGGACUUCCCAAAACUUCAGGCCAUAGAUACCAUUUCCUUGCGGUACUUCAAAUUCGAUGCUUCUGAGAUAUACUGUACAGAUACAAACGACGUCCUUCGAUCGCUCAGACUUGGAGCUCGUGCUCAAAUGGACUCACGAGCGCUCGAAUCCAUAAUUUCUCGCUGCGCGGGCUUGAAAAUUUUGGAAGCUUCCAUACCGCUCGAUGACAUCAAGCCCUUUCCAUUUGGUCCCUCUUGGCGGUAUAUCUCCUAUCCAAUGUCACCUCCCAAGAUAUCAUCGAUACUCACGCCCUUAUCAAGAACGCUCACCCGUCUGCGCUUGUCUGGAGAACGCCAGAUAUGGUAUGGACAUGACGGAACCAAACUAGAUCUUAGCACAUUUGUUUUACUCGAGGAUCUUGAAAUCUUCUCGCUGUGCCUUUUGCCUCCUACCGGCAAGGAUUUUGCGCCACAUGGAAUGUACAAACUCUUGCCUCAAUCGCUCAAGAAACUCCAUGUGAGUUGAAGUCGAGAUAUCUGGUUCUUUUGCUUCAUGUCUAAUCAUUUUUAGUUACACUUUACCUUCAACCAAUCCAAGGUUUUCUGGUACCCGCACGAUUCCUCUGCCACUCCCAAUGGUACAGGACAGAGUAAGGACCCGUUAUGCUGGAUCACCGAAUUAGUCGAAAAUAAACCCAAAUGUUUCCCAUCCUUGCAAACCGUCAUUCUCGAUAAUACCGGGCCAAUAACUCCAAUGGGACCUAGUUGCAACUCACACCCACUUUAUCUACACCUACGACCAGGGAUAGAGCUGGACUGGGCAUGGGACGACAUACAUGAUAUGCAGCGGCUUUAUCAAUUAACGAGUAUCUCCUUGGUUUUCAACGUCUGCAAAUGUAAGGAAUCCACCAGGGGCAAAACAGACUGUCUUUGA